GCCAACGCCAGCCCGGUGGUGCGGCAGAUUGACAAACAGUUCCUGGUGUGCAGCAUCUGCCUCGACCGCUACCGCAACCCCAAGGUGCUGCCGUGCCUGCACACCUUCUGUGAGAGGUGUCUCCAGAACUAUAUCCCGCCCCAGAGCCUGACCCUGUCCUGCCCCGUGUGCCGCCAGACCUCCAUCCUGCCCGAGCGCGGCGUGGCGGCCCUGCAGAACAACUUCUUCAUCACCAACCUGAUGGAAGUGCUGCAGCGCGACCCCGACAGC